UUUCUAUUCUCUUUCUUAUUUUUUUUUUGUACAAAAAAAAAAAAGAACCGAUUUCAUUUUUUUCUCAAUUAAUAGUAAUAAGAAUAAUUUUCUUUCUUUUAUAUUUUUUUAUAUAUAAAAUUAUUUAAUUGAUUAAUUCUUUUUUAUAUAUAUAUAUAUUUUUCCUAAGAAAUAAAACCAAAAAAAAAAAACCAAAAAAACAAAUAAUCAAUGAUGGAUACUACAGCUAAAGUAUUUCUUUUGAAACGUUUGGCCAACGCCAGUCACAACAAGAUAUACCCUCCAGUCAUUGUGAAAACUGAGGUUCCUCUGGAAAGGAUAUUAUUGGUGACCAGACUCUGGAACAAUGUCCGUGAACAGCAAGAGGAAAUCAAUCUUGCUGCCCAGACUCAUGAAUCCUCCAUCGCCUCUCUGACUUCCUCCCCCUCUACAAAUGCAUUGGACGAUUGGUUCCUCCUGGCUACUUCCACCGUCAACGACACCAACCCCAAUACAAUCAGCAACACACUCGACCACCAUAUAGAACAAGAUGACCAAAUCUCGUCUUCACUUGAUUCAUUCAUCUUCCAGACCACAAGUGAUAUCGACAUUGAUCUCAAUGAUGAUGGUAUUAUCAUUGGUCACCAAAAACACAUUUCCCCACCUACUACGGCUGCGGAUAUUGGCCUACACAUCGAUCCUACCUCACAAUCACAAUCACAACCAUCAAUACUUUCCUACUCUCACCAUAACAAAUUGCUCAACAGUAACCAAGACGAUGAUCCCAUGGUAACCCCGUUACCAUCUUCGGUCCUCACGCCCUGCGACUGGUCAUGGCUUGAUGACGCAAAGUCCUUUAGAAGCCUCAAUCACGAGGUCUCUGAUAAUAAUAAUAAUAAUAAUAAUAAUAAUAAUAAUACUCUCUUAACAACAUCAACACCAGAGCCAGAACCAGAACCAGAAUCAAAAUCAGAACCAACCCUAAAUACAACAAAUCCAUCGUCCUAUUCUUACUCUGGCCAUCUCGAGCCCCAAAUCGACUCACCAAUCCUAUCAGACUCCUUUGAUCUUCCGGAAUCAAUCACACCUCUAGAAGCCGGUCUGUUGGAAGAUGACCUGUCUUCUCUUGUCCGCUUAAUCACCGAAGAACAGAACCGAAUGGCUGCCUGGACUCAAGCCCAGCAAGUCCAGCAAGAAGAAUACGAUGAUCAGUCUAUCUUACCAAAGAAACGGCCAGAGACAGAGUAUGAAAGUGAAUAUGAGAGUGAAAAGGACAAGGAUGAUGGUCAAGUGCUGGCCAUUCUGGUCCAGUCCGAUAUUCUCCAGCCAGAUUCCAAGAAACCCAGACUGAUGAUGGUCGAUGUCAAGUCAGAACAGACAACCGCUACAUCAACAGUUACAGCAACAGCUACCACAACAGCCACCACAGACUGCCAGUCAAUAUUAACCAUGUGUUCUGGUCCAACCAAUCAAUUCCACCGGCUUCAUUUCCCACUCAUCGAUACUUCCUCACAGUCGGCUGGUCCGACAUCCUCUCCAUCCAGUCCGGUCCUGUUGAGUGCAUAAGUCAAGUCCAAACAACUAAUAACAAUAUAUGAGCCCCCCUCCCCCCAAAAAAGCAAAAAAAAAAAAAAAAAAAAAAAAACAAAUCUUACCACACCAUUCCCAUCAUUUACUUAUUAUCUAUUUAUCUUUAUCUUUUAUCUUACCUCUCUCACUUUACAUUUUACACACUAUACUAUACUAUACUUUACACUUUAUACAUUCUCUCUAUCUCUCCUCUCAUUUCUCUCCCACGCCCCCCUCCUCCUCCACCUCCUCCUCUAUCACACACACACACACACAUUUUCACACUCUAUUUAAAGAAAUCAAAAGAUGUUUAUAGAGUAGGUGAGUUGGAUUUGUCCUCUGUACAGAACAACAACAAAAAAUUCCUAUAUAAAUAAAUAAAUAAAAAUAUAAUAUAUAUAUAU